AUGCUCUUUCCUACACUUGCCAUCACAGUAGCCUUCGCUGGAGGUACUCUGGCUCUGCCGACUGGCGAUGAUGCACCAUUCCUAACGGUCGUCAGUUCGACCGAAGCCAUCCUGGGUAACUCGAUCUGGAAUGCAACUGUGGGUGCGAGCGUCGUCAAGCCUAUAUACUACCAAGGCAAAGAGAUCGUCGGUGAUGCCAAAGGCCAGUAUUAUUCCUAUGUGGAUCAAAGCGAAUCCUUCAAUUUCUCGAACGCGACCAUCGUGGAUUCAGGCGACGACUUUAUCGAUGUUCAAUUUACGACAUCAGAGGGUGACCAGCAUUGGGUAAUUUACCGCAACCAGCACGGCGCAUACCAAUACUUCAUUAACAAAGAUCUGCCGUCGCCUUUGGGCGAGUGGCGAAGCCUGUCACGCCUCGACAAUGCAACUUUCACAAAUGGCUACACGACAUACAGACAAGGCGCUUUGCCAGAGCUGUCUGAGAUCGAGUCUGGAGAGAAGGUCCAAGAUGAGACGUACAAACUAUCAGAUGGCAGCUAUAUCACCAAGUACGAUUGGAGUGACUUCAUCAAUUCGGCCAAGGCUUGGGGUGUCUAUGGCGACGGGAUUGGCUGCUGGUAUAUCCACCCGUCCAAGGAGUACAUCAACGGAGACCACCUGAAGCAGGAGCUUAUGGUGCACCGCGAAAGUAAUACUGGCGAUACAGUGUUGUUGAACAUGAUUCAUGGGCUACACUUUCUUACGGGUCAAGAACACGAGUUCGCCGAAGGAAGGGUAUGGGGUCCUUGGCUCUGGUACCUCAACAAUGGCUCGGUCGAGGAUGCGAAUGCGAAAUAUGAUGAAGAGGUCAGGUCGUGGCCUUACAGCUUCCCCAACGCCGACAUUGAGGCAGGCCAUCAUCAGCGCGCAUCCUCCGUGAAUGGUAUCAUUACAUUGUCAGACGGUCGAGCUGCUUCAGGGGCCAGCGUUAUGCUUGGCGAUAAUGAAAGCAGCCAGCUUCCAGUGGAGCAGGGCGCAAACUUCUACUACAGGACAACCGCCGACAGUGACGGAAACUUUUCAUUUGAGAAUGUCCGUGCGGCAACCUACGCUCUGUAUGCCUGGCCCGGCAACAAUUCCGAUAUUGGCGAUGUAUCCACCAACCUGACAGCCAACGGCAUUGAGAUUUCCGAGUCUACCUCUGCAAUCGAUUUAGGCGAAUACACCUGGGAUACACAGAACCGGACGAAGAUCUGGCAGAUUGGUACGCUUGACCGCCUCGCUUGUGGCUUCAAAAACGGUUGCAGUGGGUACCACCACGGUCUAUCGGACGAGUCUCCGGCGGACUUCGAGUACACUAUUAACAGCUCGGAGACCUCAGAUUGGUCUUACGCCCAGACGGCUGAGGGAACAUGGCAGGUCAAGUUCGAGCUCUCUGAUGAUCUGGCAUCCGAUGCAGUUGCAGUCUUAUCAACAAGCCUGGCAGGAUACAGCUCGGGAGUAAAUAUAGAGAUUACUGCUCAAGGGGGUAAUGCGACCGUCGGCGAGCUCAGUGACCUCACCAAUGACGCUUCUGUAUAUCGAAGCUCGACAUUUUGCGGCGUUCACCGAUAUGAGGAGUUUGAAGUACCCGCUGGUACCUUCACGAAGGGCUCGAACACGAUCGAAUUUACCGUUACGAAAACAUCUCAGUGGCAUGGCUUUAUGUGGGACAGUAUUUUGCUAGAAUGGUCAUGAGAGAAUUGCAGUCCGGCUU